CUUCAGUUCCUCGGUCAGACAUUCAGAGUCAGUGGCCAUGGUCUUCCAGGGAACGCUUGUUUGGCUCUACUCACUGGCAGUCUUGUCGUUCUCUGCAGCUCAAGAUGACACUUCAUCUCCCAAUGACUGCUUAAAAACUGAUCUCGUGGAAGAGCUCUCGGCUAAGCUCAAGUUAGCAGGACAAUGCAGUGCUACAUGGAGCCCAGAGCAGACCGCUACAAUACUGCAGUCAUUGACCAAUCUGACUGAUACUCUGCACAAACAACAGCUGAAAGACUGCCAAAAUGCUGAGCCGAAGAAUUGCAUUGAAGCCCAAGUUCCCGAAAAUGGAGGCUUGGCGUGUGUCACAGUUGACAACAGGCGCUUCUGCAAACCAAUGUGCAGCCAUGGUUACGAUUUUAAUUUUCUCAGGAGGAGUCGUCUCUUUGAGGAAUGCAGUGUGCAGACAUCAUAUAAAUGGCAGACGCAGUACGUAGGAGGAAACAAGCUAGCUGUGUGCAACGAAGCAAGGGUUCAAGUUUCAGGAGCAAAGACAGCAUAUUUCCCCAAAGAUCAGAGCUGCCUGACAACUAAGAGCAACAGCACACUGCAGAGCCGCCUCCUUGAAGAUCUGACUACUGAGCUGAAGAGUCUAGGCAUACAGGGGGAGCCCCAGAAUCCCUGUCUUGUGUGUGGAUGACCACGAUGUAGAAACGCACGUGAAUAUGCAACUACCACGUCCUGAGUGCUGGGUUUUCUAAAAACGUUACAAAAGUAAACCAAAAGGAAGUGUGAUGA